AUGCAGAACAAAGAAAAGGAUGUUAUAAAAAUACAAACAAGAAAGCCUGAAUAUUAUUGUGAAAAAUGUGAUCGCCAUUAUGCUUCAGCUAAGAGUUUUGGAAACCACUGUCGAUCUUACCAUACAAAAAAUAAAGAAAAACCAAAAUGUUCAUUUUGUGGCAAUGUAUUCACACGUCGAGAUAACCUCCUUCAGCAUAUAAAAUUAUUUCACUCAGGGAAAGAUGAGCCACACCCAUUUACUUGCUUAUGUUGUGGUAAAAGGAAUUCAACUUUAAAGAUGCUUACUCACCACAAGCAAGUAUGUAGGUACACCAAUCCAGAAAUUGUGAAUUGUUUGAAUGAAGUAGAAAUUAUUGAUCCAAAAACACAAAAUCUCAAUAUCAAAUCAAAUUUAAUUGAUGAACCCACCUUGAUUACAAGUGAUGACGUUAAAAAUGAUUUUAAUAAUAAUACUCAUGGCAAUCAAACAAUUAUAUCUGUUUUAAAUAAUGCUUCUACAACUGUUCAGCAUUUAAAACAGAAAAAAAAGUCUUUGAAAUCUGAAAAAUGUCCAGAUGAUUUUGAUUCUAUGAAUGAUGAAAUUCAUUUGAAAACUUUAAAUCCCCUUUUCAAACCAAGCAUUGAAAAAAAAGUAAAGCAUAGUGUUGCAGUUGUAACUAUUAAGAACAAUUGCGAUAAACAAUAUAAAGCAAAACAUUUGAAAUCAAAGAGGAAAAUAGAGAAAGUUGUCUUAAAUAAAACAGUAGAAAAUGAUUUAUAUAAAGCACUUGACUGUAACAUAUGUAACACAACAUUUUUGUCCAAACAAGACUAUAUAUCUCAUAAGUCAUUUUGUAUUGAUCCUCUAUAA